AUGGCGAGCAAGAAGGUGGUUAUGAUGGUGAUGAUGAUGGUAGUGGUGAUGGCUACUAUAGCGGAGAGGUCAGUGGCGAUUGAUCUCUGUGGCAUGACCCGGGAAGAGUUGGAUGAAUGCGAACCAGCGGUGAGCAAGGAGAAUCCGACAGAACCAUCAACACUUUGCUGUGACGCUCUGAAACACGCUGACUACAGCUGUCUUUGUGGCUACAAAAACUCUCUCUGGCUCGGUUCUUUCGGUAUUGAUCCCACGCUCGCUGCUGAGCUCCCUAGCAAAUGUAAUAUAGACAACGCUCCAACUUGCUAA